UUCGCAACUCCAUCAAACACAAAGGCCCCAUACCACUCACAGCCAUGGACUGGUUCUCCUGGCUAUCCAAAACCGGCCUUGAGCCUUCCCUUGUUUAUGAGUAUGCCCUUGCUUUUUCCCAAAACGAGCUUGAAGAGGAAGACAUAUCAUACUUCAACCAUGAGUUCCUCCAGAGCAUGGGCAUCUCCAUAGCAAAGCAUAGGCUGGAGAUCCUCAAGCUUGCUAGGAAGGAGAGAGGAGCGAGCCCACGCGCCAUGUCAAGGCUUAUCAUCGCGAUCAAGAGGACAAAGAGGUGUCUUGCCAAGUAUAUUAGGACGUGGGUUCAUCGCGAGGAGUCGGCUCUUGUUGUUGUGCCAAGGCCUGGUUAUGGUUCAAGAUGGAGGGGAGCCAUGCUGAAAAGGAACAAGAGGAUGGUGAUGGCGACGCAAGGGAGGUUGAUGCUCACAAAUGGAAGUCCUAAGGUUGUGUCCAAACGACGUAUAGAUAGCUUUUCCAGUCCGGCGGUUUACAAUCUGCCAAGCGAGGAAAAGAUCGACGGCAACGGCGAUGGGGAUGGGGAUGGGGUGGAUGAUGGAUACUGGUCGACGGUAGUAGAAGAGAUCAGGUGGGAUACCAUGUUUCAGGAUAUGAAGCCCACAUAAGAGACUGUUUUUUCUUCCUCCUAGCUUUUGAUUUCUUCUGAUAAUUCAAUGGUGAGAGAUGGGUUUUUUGGGUUCUUCCACCAGAGAGUUUUGUUUGAGUGUUUCUGAAGAAUUGAAUCGUGUCCUUUUUCUUUAGUGGUGGGUCUUUCAGAAAAACCCACUUUAGGACCAAGGGAUCUGUUCAGCAAUGAGAUUGUCUUCCCAGCCGUAUUUUUUUUUUUUCUUUUUUUUGUAUGUUCCCAUGGCCUUUAUCUUCCAAUAUAUAUAGAAAUGGCCAAAGUGCUUUACUGUCUUUGUGAAAAUGAUUAUGUUAGGGUUUCUACAAGAUUGUAUAUUCAUUUUUAAUGUUGCUGAAGCUGGAAAACCUAAACCUACUUCA